AUGCGCCCAGCAGCAUCUCUGGGAGCAGCAUCAAUGAGCGGCGCGGCCUUUGAUUUCGAUGUAGACGACUACAUCAACCGUUUCGUGCCUCGCUCAAGGCUCUACCUCCUUCCCACGCCCGUCUCAUGGCUGCUGGGCUACCGGGCGAAGCCCAGCCCUCGCCCGCCCAUUGGGAGUCUGCUGGUCUGGUGCUGGUCCUGUCUCGGCGCCUUCUGUGGGCUCAUGGUGGUUGAAGCAGUAUUUCGCACCAAGGCCAUACAGUUCCAUGGCGUGCCCGUGGUCAUUGCAAGCUUUGGAGCAACCGCCAUCCUGGAAUACCACACCAUCGAUUCCCCCCUCGCCCAGCCGCGCAAUGUCAUCCUCGGCCAGACCUUCGCCGCCAUCAUCGGCGUCAGCAUCACCAAGCUCUUCCACCUGAACGCGAAUUUCGAAGAAUUGCGCUGGAUCGCGGGCGCCCUCGCCGUGGGGAUAUCUUCUGCGUUCAUGGGCCUGACCAAGACCGUUCACCCACCCGCCGGCGCCACAGCCCUUCUCGCGGCCACCACGCCAGAUAUUACCGUCCUGGGCUGGAUGCUGGUACCUCUGGUCCUCCUCGGAAGCACCCUGAUGGUGGCAGUUGCCUGCGUGCUGAACAACAUCCAGAGACAGUUCCCUACAUACUGGUGGACUCCCCUAGACCUCGGCACCGCCCGCCCCAACGACACUAUUGAGGAGCUAGAGGGCGUGAGGAGCAACGGACACGGCGACAUCUACUGCACUCAUGACAAGGCAUCUCUCAUGAUUAACGAUGUGGGUAUUUUCGUUCCCGAGUGGCUUUCUUUGGGUACGGAGGAGAGAGCAGUCUUGGAGAUUCUACGAUCGAGACUGAAGCACCAGCCACGGCCGUCUACCAGUAGCGAUACCGAUGGAGGCGUGCGAUGA